AUGGGGCCAGCCUCCUUCCCAGAAGGACAAAUAAUGAAGCCCCCAAGAAGGCCCCUUCCCCUCAUCUGCCCCACAUCUUUAGGGGUUGUCUUCUUUCAUCCUCCACUGUCACAACCCCCAAGGGUCACUGAUGUCUCUUCUCUCACCCCCUCUAGCUUGACUGGGCGGGAGGUCCUGACGCCCUUCCCGGGGCUGGGCACCGCCGCUGCCCCGGCACAAGGUGGGGCCCACCUGAAGCAGUGUGACCUCCUGAAGCUGUCCCGCCGGCAAAAGCAGCUCUGUCGGAGGGAGCCAGGCCUGGCUGAGACCCUGCAGGACGCUGCACACCUCAGCCUGCUCGAGUGCCAGUUUCAGUUCCGGCAUGAGCGCUGGAACUGCAGCCUGGAAGGGAGGACAGGGCUGCUCAAGAGAGGUUUCAAGGAGACGGCCUUUCUGUACGCGGUGUCUUCGGCUGCCCUCACCCACACCCUGGCCCGGGCCUGCAGCGCCGGGCGCAUGGAGCGUUGCACCUGCGAUGACUCUCCAGGCCUGGAGAGCCGGCAGGCCUGGCAGUGGGGUGUGUGUGGCGACAAUCUCAAGUAUAGCACAAAGUUCCUGAACAACUUCCUGGGGCCCAAGAGAGGAAGCAAAGACCUGCGGGCACGGGCAGACGCCCACAACACCCACGUGGGGAUCAAGGCUGUGAAGAGUGGCCUCAGGACCACGUGUAAGUGCCAUGGUGUGUCAGGCUCCUGUGCUGUGCGCACCUGCUGGAAGCAGCUCUCCCCAUUCCGUGAGACAGGCCAGGUGUUGAAGCUGCGCUACGACUCAGCUGUCAAGGUGUCCAGUGCCACCAACGAGGCCUUGGGCCGCCUGGAGCUGUGGGCACCUGCCAAGCCGGGCAGCCCCACCAAGGGCCUGGCCCCGCGGCCUGGGGACCUGGUCUACAUGGAGGACUCACCCAGUUUCUGCCGGCCCAGCAAGUACUCCCCUGGCACUGCGGGCAGGGUGUGCUCCCGGGAGGCCAGCUGCAGUAGCCUGUGCUGCGGGCGGGGCUACGACACCCAGAGCCGCCUGGUGGCCUUCUCCUGCCACUGCCAGGUGCAGUGGUGCUGCUACGUGGAGUGCCAGCAGUGUGUGCAGGAGGAGCUUGUGUAUACCUGUAAGCACUAGGCCCGCUGCCCGGUAUGCCAGCCGGGCACUGCCAGGACCUCCCACGGCACCGGGCCACCUUGAGUCCACCCAGCUGUGCAGCCAGCCCCUCCGGGCAGGUACACGCAGCACGCAUGCACUCACCAACCUCCGUGCCGUGCACACGUACUCCUCUCCCCACUGGGCCUUGGCAGCCUUUCCUCCCUCAACUCUCAGCAACAGGAGGUGCGGGCCUUGUCCUUGAACCUGAGGGUCCCCAGCCUUGUUGAGGACUUGGAGCAGGAGGCAGAAUGGAAAGGAUGUGGAGGGAAACAAGGGAGACCAAGAGGAAGGCAGGACUGAGGAUUUGGAGGGGAGGGAGGGGAAUAUCCUGCCAUCUUGAUUCUUGGGUUGAGUGGCCUAAAGUCAGCAAGAUGCUGGGAGGUGAGCUUCCGGACCAAGAAGGCCCGGGGAGGCAGUGUCAGCUAGAAGCAGAGGCUGGAGUCUGGCUGGGAUGGGUCAGCCAGCCCUGGGGCCCUGCUCAGAUCACAGUGAACCCCCAGGGCCACAACCCUUCACUCCCCAACCCUGGCUGUGCUGUGCUAGAGAUGAGGGGAAAGGCCAGGUGGUUUGGAGAAAGGAAAGCUUAAGUCAGAUGUGUGCCCUGGAUCCUUGUGUGCUCAAUUUGGUUUUUAAAAUAUGCCUCCAUGGAGCCUUCAUUCUUACCUCCAGAGCUGAAUUAUCCACACCUACCCAGCCCUGCUCAGUAAAAGCACCAGUGGAUGCAAGGCCGGUAGGAGGAGCCAGUCCCCGGAGUGGGGCUCAGAUAGCACACCGAGGUCGCCAGGGGAGACAGUGACCCCUCAAUUGCUCAGCCUCCCUUCGAGCCCACUUUGGUCAGCUCGCUGUGGCUGGGGUCCACCCGUGCUGAGGCCCCAGCACAGCUGGCAUUCGUGAUGCAGAAGAGUUGGUUUAUGAGUUCUGAUUUGGUUACACUUCUACUCUUCCGGCUACUCUUCUAAUUCAGGGUUUUGCCCUGCCUGGAGGUAUGGGCGUGGGGAAGUCUUUGCUAAGCCUGGCCCUUCAUUAACCAAUGGCCCCUCACUUUGGCUCUUACCUGAGGAACGGAAGUGACUGCUAAUUUCCUCUGAUCCUGCAGACAUCUCCAGUGCUACCAAGGUCCUGGGGAGGAGGAGAGAGAAGCUGGUUCAUACACAUACUCCCCACAGGCACCUCCCCACCUCCCUACAUGCACACCCCUUGGACCUGCCAGGCUGAGGGCCCUCACUCAGCAGCACACAUCUCUCUGGUUCAGAAUCAAGACUCUGCAGGGGUCACUUUGCUGGAGGUUGUGUUCUUUCCCAGAGCAGGGCCCAAUGCCAGCUGGGAGGAAGUGACCUCCUCCGGGACGCCCUUGGCUGCUUUGCUGGCCCUGCCGCGCCCUCUGUCAGCUUCCUUUCUCCCUGAACCCAGAGUUGCUGACCCUUUGCUGAGACAGGAAACUUCAGAAUCAGCCAAAUGCUGAGAAACCAUCUGUGCAAGCCCCAGGAAGAAGCCUCUGGGGCUCCCUGUGAUCUCCAAGGGUGACGAGAAGCUGCCCUGUCUUUGGUGGAUCAGGCGGCCUCUGGAGGGACACUGCAAGGAUCUUUGGCUGCAGAGGCUCUGAUAAGAAGCCAAACUGACCUGCGACCACCCCCGAGACUGACUUUGCUGACCCAAGCAGCUAGCCCACAUCUUGGCAGGAAGAGAAAAAAGGAUAGACAGCUGGUUUUCUAGUUUCUUCCACUGCCUCACUACAUGGAGAUUUUCUCCCUGCCAGCCUGAUCCAUCCUCCUCCUCUAGGACCCCAUCUCUUCCUCCACCCUGGCUCAGCCCUGGGCAAAAGACAGCAGGAAGAGGGGGUCUGAUCCACCAACACGCCGUCCGCAUCCCAACUCCAUGGUGGGCAAUGCUGGGUUUGCAGGAAGAUAAAGGGGAGACUGAGGGACUAAGGCCAUGGCUGGCCACUAACCCUGACCAGGCCAAGGGCAGGCUCAGAGGGCCUUGGCCUAUGGGGUCUUUCCUGUCCAGCCCUCUCCCCUCUUCUCUUUCCCUAUUCCCACCUCCUUCUCUUCCAGUUAUCCCCAAAGGUCCACCUCAGCCCUGCUGUGGCCCCUGGGACCAGUGACCACUGACCCCUCGUUCUACAGCUUUAAGGGAAACAGUCACAGGGUAUUUUUGGUCUACCUCACACAUAUAGUUUUUAGGGCAAAAGAGAAUAAUUUAUAUAGCUAAGAUAUAUGAGAAAGUAUUUAUGCUAUUUAUAUAGUGUCUAUAUUUUAUGGGCAGCAGCUGGGGCGGGGGUUUGUGCGGUCUACUGGAGGCCAUCUACCUGGGGAGAAACAGCCUGGCCUGACUGGGACCCCACUGAGCUGGACAUCAGGUGGCUGGGGAGGGGGUCUUGUAGGCUCUCAUGUCCCUUGACAGGGUCUGUCCAGGAGCCAGUGAGCUGCAUCCCCUCCAAGUGUGAGCUCUGAUGGGCUUGAUCCAGAUCCUUCUUGGGAAGUCACUGUAAAUUCUCUGCUCUUCCAGGUCCCAGGCCCCCCCUCCUGCUCUGGUAAAACUGUCUCGCUCAUGACAACACUGAUAACGAGGAUGACCACACUUUGCUUUUGUAAAGCACUUUUGAUCUUCAGAAACACUUUUGUCCCUAUAAUCUCACUUGGUUUCCCCAUUAUCCGUAAAUAUUUACUGAACUUCUCCAUGGGCCAGGCACUAUGGGAGGUGACUUACCCUAAGCCCGGGAGCUCCAAAGUCUGGAGACACCCUGAGCCCAAGAACCCAGGGAAGUGGCUGCUUCCCUGGCUGUAUGUGACCCUGCCUUUUGGAUCUGGACAGCUUGUCAGCUGUGUGUCAGGGGCUGGGGCUGUCUGAGAGGCCUGGAGAGACAAGGACCCAGGGAGGCGACCCCGGGGCUCCACCAUCUGGCCCUCUCUCCCGUGCACACUGCCUGAGAGGGUUGGGCUACUUCACAGGACCCCUCCCAGCCCAAAGAUGGGUUUUGUUUGCUCUCAUUUGUGUUUUUCUUUUAAAAAUGAUUUGUUUUCCGUUGGAUUUUCUGGCUUCUCUUGUAAAAUCAGCUGCACUGGCAACCUGGGCCUGCAUUUCCCACCCCCCGGCCACAGUCAGCUAGAGAGGGGGCCCCUAUCAGACGGGACGCAUGGGGCUGCCCAGUACCCCCACCUCACUCACGAUGCUCCUUCCUGGCUCUUGUGGGCAUGUCAUGUCUCUUCCCUGGUCCAGAAAAGCCCAGCUUCCCUGGUGUCCUCCACUGCCUGGCAGACAGAGUGACAGACCCACACCAGCCCUGAAGGGUAUUUCUUGCUUCUCAGAGUUUCCUUUCUCAACAGCCAUGAACUUCGAAUGCUUUCUGUCUCAGCACAUUUUACUGACUUACAAUGAGAGCUAUCGUAUAUGGAGCACCUGUUCUGUUCAUCCAAUCAGCAAUGGCUUAGGGAGCUCCUCCUGAGCACCGGGCACCUCCCAGGUGCUGCGGUGCGGCAGUGAAGGGGACCAAGUCCCUGCCCCAUGGGGCUGACACUCUAGUGGGAGAGAGAGAUGAUAAACCAAUAAAGUACAUGUCAGCUCUGUGUA